CUCUACUGAACAACGAAUCUUCAGCUCACUCCUCUCUCUCCUCGACCUGCACGAGUGCUCUCCUCAUUGGCUCUCGUAACUCUACAUCAUGGUAUAUAGCCCUUUCUUAGCCAAUGCAUCUUCCGACUAACAACCCGUUCCUCAACACCAUUCAGGCCCAUCGCAUCGUCACCCAAGUUGUCGUCACGGGCGCCCGUGUCUUCGGUCGUGCCUUUGCUGAGGCCUACAAGCAGGCCCAGGCUUCUUCAAAGUAUGCUGCUCAGACCGGCAAGAAGGUUGGCGGCGGUGCCGCCUCCGGCUUGAGCCUCGAUGAAGCCUGCAAAAUCCUCAACGUCAAACCCCCCCAGGGUGGUGAGACCAACCUGGAGCAGGUGAUGGAGCGCUUCAAGAAACUGUUCGACAUGAACGAUCCCCAGAAGGGCGGCAGUUUCUACCUCCAGAGCAAAAUUCUCCGCGCCCGUGAACGGUUAGAGAUGGAAGUCCGGCAGGCGGAGCGCCAUGCUGCCCAGGAGAAGGAACUGCAGGAAGGAUGGAAGCCCAAGGUGUACAAGGACCGGUGAAACAGCCUGGGUUUCUCUAUAACUCUGGAGAAACGUUCAGAUCUCGAAUCAUGAACCCGUCCUCUCGAUCCCUCCCCCGCGUGUUGAAUUGGUCCCGAGGCUAGUCAAGGAUCGAUCGCGCCGUCCGUCCUCGACAAAACAAUCUUCGAGACCUUCCCGACUCGUUCUCACUUCCUUCCCUCGUCUCUUGACAGGUGUUCCCUUCUUUUUUUUCGCAGCAUAGCAUGGCGUUUUUGCAGGUGAAUCCAAGGUUUAUUGGAUUGGAAGAUAUGUUCUAGAUUCCCUCUAUUUGAAGGCAUGCCGGCCCCCCC